AUGGCGGCGCCGCUGGGAGGUAUGUUCUCCGGACAGCCGCCUGGACAUCCCGGAGACUCCAGGGGCCAGGCUUCGCUUCUUCAGGCAGCGCCAGGCCCUCCGAGAACUUCUAACAGUACGUUGGUGGACGAGUUGGAGUCCUCUUUUGAGGCUUGCUUUGCUUCUCUUGUGAGUCAGGACUAUGUCAAUGGCACAGAUCAGGAGGAAAUUAGAACUGGUGUUGAUCAGUGUAUCCAGAAAUUUCUGGAUAUUGCAAGACAGACGGAAUGUUUUUUCCUACAAAAAAGAUUGCAGUUAUCUGUCCAGAAACCAGAGCAAGUUAUCAAAGAGGAUGUCUCAGAACUAAGGAAUGAAUUGCAGCGGAAGGAUGCCUUGGUCCAGAAGCACUUGACAAAACUGAGGCAUUGGCAGCAGGUGCUGGAGGACAUCAAUGCUCAGCACAAAAAGCCAGCCGAAAUCCCUCAGGGCUCCUUGGCCUACCUCGAGCAGGCGUCUGCUAACAUCCCUGCACCCAUGAAGCAAAGCUGAGUCAAAGUGGGCCUGAAGGGGAUCUGGUGUGAGUCAGCCUAGGCACAGUUUUGACAAACAUCACUUCUUGUGGACGUGACAUUUUGGAAGAACUCUUUGCCAAAGAAUGAGAUGAUUUUUGUUUGAUGGUUUCACCUAAAAUGUUCCCCUAGUUUUAUAAACAUCUUUUCUUGAGUACUUUAUAAAAUGGUUUUGGUAGAUCAAGUAAAUUUUUGUCUUUAGCAAAGUUUAGGCUGUUAAUAUGAUGCCACUUACAGAUUCCUUUUUAUGUUUCUUUGUAUUUUUUUUUAUGACUAAGUCUUUUUGUGUUUCCAAUUUUAGAUUAGCUUAUAUAAUAUGAAGGGAAAAGUUUGUAUGAUUUGAUCUGAGAAUCAGAGGAUGAGGAUUUUGGUUGUAGACCUUUUAUAACAAUUACCCCUCAAUGGUAAUAUAGUAAAAUAGGUAAAUUUGCAUAUUUUAAGACUUUGAAUUACCUCAAGAAGAGGAAUCUAAUGCAGCAAUGUCCAUAAGGCUUCCAGAGCUCUCAAAAUGAGGGUAUUUUGUAAAUAGGUUGAAAGGACUAUCAUAUCCUAAGUUAGUGUAGUAUUAAUACAUAGAAUCCUUAAGUUGAUGUUGACUUUUAUUUGGGGUAAGUUUAUAUUUUGUGUGGUGUUUUUUCACUUUUGGGGUGGGGGUGUGUAGCAAGAGCAGUGAUAUGGUAAAUUGUUAGGUUCUGCAGUGAUGCAUCCAUUUUAAGUAAGGGGGUAGACCUUGUGCUCAGCACAACAGUUGAGGUAUACGCGCAGUAUGAGAGGUUAAAGCUUGCUAUGGUUGGUUAUCUCUUUUCACUUUCAGUUUUGUUUGCUUGUGUUGUUUUUGUUUCUGUUUUUUUUGUAGCAGAAUUUCUCAUUAAGGAAGGAUCUUGCUAAUGAGUGACAUUGAUUCCAAGGGACUGGGGUCUUGGGGUGGAGAAUGGGCUGCAGGUGACUCUCAGCGACUCACCAUCUUCGAAGAUCAUGGGAUCUCAGCAUUUGGGAAGACAUUUUACCCUCUUGUUGGUUACAUGGGCCAGUGAGAUUCUCUGUUGAGCUGCCGUUGAGAAAUACAGACCGGCAUUGUGUGUGGUGCUCCUUGGA